AUGCAUUGCGUUACGGCACUUUCUGUUGCUCUGCUGAUAAUAGCCGCCCAAGCCGUUCCUCGCAUCAGAUCUCAUACGGCUAAUGGCGAAUCCAGCCUAAAAAUUGAUGCCUUUCCUACAAACAUAUCAUUGCCGGCCUCCAAGGAUGAGUCCUUGUACAGCCUGUCUACAAUCAGCUCUAUCGUCUACAAGACAUACACCAAGACUACAAUGAGCUGGCUUCAGGAAGCGGUUAUUACUGUAUAUCCUUCCAGCACUUCCUUUUCGUCUCGAAUUCCUUUCACCAUGGUCCCAACUGAGUCCACCGCAUCAGUGCCAGAGCCCUUUCAUUCUGGAGUGACUCCAGUGGGGGGCGACGAUGAAAAUGAGACCACGGCCACGAACACGAUUACAUCAGUUUCUGCUCCCAACCUCUCUGCCGCUACGGCUUCCUCUAAUUGGAUCACUAAGUGGAUCUCCAAUUACAAUAAGGAGACGUGGUCUACGACCACCACCAUGACUACCUCAAACAAAAACGACCGUAUCAUUAGCUGGGUCUCAGAUUUCAAAAAAGCUAAUGGGCUUAUGGACGCCAAGCUCAAGAACUCUCAAGCCCCCACUUCGAGCCCUACUUCGACUCCGGAUUCGGAUGGCAUAGCGUUUGCCUCCUCAGUCGUUAGGUAUGCUCUUCUAAUUAGCAAACCAACUAGUGUUCCAGCUAGCACUUCCACUGACGCUCCUAGCAAUAAUUCUACGAGUAAUUCGACUAGUGCUUCUUCGAGUACUCCAAUCGGCUCCCAGGUACUGGCCCAAACUUCUGCUGAACGAACGGCUCUCCCAACCACACACCCAGACACUAACUACUCCGUCUCCUUCAACGACGAGCUCGCUGAGCGCAUUAAAGAAGAGGCGUGCGGCUGGUACUGCAAAGGACAAGCCGGCCCAGCACUGUUGGACGAGUGCUUUGUGGAUUGUAUCCAAGCAUGGGAUGGACCCACGGGAGAAGCGGAUACCAUUGCCGAAACGACUUCAACAUCGCUCACGUCCUCACCCUUACCCUCGCCCACAGCCACUGAAGAAUCCGUGACGAAAUUCGACUUGUUCAUCGACUGCUACCAUACCUGCAAAAAAUUUAAAGAUCCGUGGGUCAAUGAUGAACAAUGCCUCAAAAUCUGUGCCGGUCGAUAUCCUGGUAUCUUUUUCUGA